AUGAAAAUCAAUAAGAAGAAAAUUGCAAACAAAUACCAAGUUCUAGCAGGGGUCAUUGAACAACGGAUACUAGAGCCAUUGCUACACCAGCAAAAGGUUUUGCUGAGUGCAAUGUGUUUUGCUGUUAGAACUGGCAACACAUUCUUGGGGUCAUUGAUGUGGGUGGAUUAUGCACGUUGGGUGGGGGUCCAAAAGUUACGGGACUAA